AUGGUUCGUUGGCUUGCGCUGUGCCAGUUGGCUGUCAGCACAGAGGUGUUGCAGACAGCGAAAGACUCUGGCGAGCCCAUCUCUGCGAAAGAGUUUGCGGAGAAGAUGCAGUGCGAUGCACCGGAGAAUUCCUUCUCUAUCAACGGAGGUGACUGGACUUUCGUCUUGGGCAGUUUGAAAGACCCUGGUAUCUUUUGGGGGGACCUUAUGGUGAGUUGGGAGAAGGGAGGUCCUCACAAGCAGUACGUUGGCAUCGAUUAUACGUUCAUGUCGCAGAGUUAUCAAUUCAACGACUACCUGACUAUCUCCUCUUAUCUGGGCGUGACGCUUUUUCCCAUGACGCUCUGGUGCUCGCAAGUCAUCAAGCUUCUUGUGCCGUUGCCUGUUCCCACUGGUUGCAACGAUUUCUGGAUGGAGCAAGGCUUCAGCGCCCUCUACAUCACGCCGCCAUGGAACCUGGCUGCAUUGAAAAGCCCGGGCUUUGACGACGCAGGCUGGCCGCGAUCCAUGCACCCAUCGGAUCUCAUUGUUGACAGCUUGGCCUUCCGCAUCCGUGUCCAGCCAAGGCUGAAGGUUCUCUUAGGUGAAAGCCCGGAUGCCCCGCCGACCCUGGAGCUGCGCUUGCAAUUCUUUUGGAGCUCCGUCGUGGAGUGGUGCGAAAGAAAUCUUCGCAAGGUUCUUUGCGGCAUCUGGCUCAGAGCAGAUGCACUGUGUCCUUUGAACGGCUCCAAUCCUUUGAUGAACGGCUCCAACUCCCAGGGAUUCCCGAGCAUCAGCUACGUGGUGAAUGGGCUGCCAGGGGUUGAUUUGGCUGCUCCAGGCGAGCCCAGCGAGCUGGAGUGGUUUGCAGAGUCACCUAAGUGGCCCGACAACUUGACAAUUCCUGCCGGAUUUUUUUUUGACAUCCCUGACUUGAGCCCAUUGCUCUCCACAGACGCGAGGCAGCGAGUGAAAGACUUCAAGCAGACCGUGGAUGAGGAGACUGUGCCCCCAGAAAACGUGUCGGUCACCGACGGCGACUGCCCCGUGCCUUUCGCGAUCGGCGGCGGUUGCAUAUGCAAGGAGGGCUGCUCUCGCGCGCGUCCCUACUUGCACUCAACAAUCAUAUCGGACACGAGCCUGGAAUGCGAGGUGCGAUGGUUUGAUUAUCUGGACUUGCUGGCCCUUCCCAAGACGAUAUGUGGGCCUAGGAAGGUUCGUCAGGCUUGGGCGCGCGGCUUUACAACGCAGCCCGAGGGAAUCUUUGCGAGGUGCGAGGUGGGAACAUUGAUAGGUGGUGCUUGCAUUAAAGACUUGCCAUACAAUGACGUCGAGAUCAUAGCUGCGUUUCCUGAAGAUGAAACUUCUUUCCGAUGCCUCGGAACUGGCGAGUGGAGAGACGAGCCAUGGCACGAGACACAGGUAGGUGGGUAUUGUCUGGAGCUUGAGGGGAAUGAGAAGGUCAUCAUGGUCAGGAGGGAAGGUCUCGACAAUGCUUCUGCCAAAUGUCCUGAUGGUUAUCAGGUUGUGGGAGGGGGGUGCACCUUUAUCGAGGGCACCGAGUUCACGCUUCGUGAGUCCUACCCAACAUCCCAGAACACAUGGGAGUGCGUCUUUAGCUCGACACAGAAAUGUGGCGAAGACAGUCCGGUGUGUUUGCGCAGUGAGGCUCGCGCUGUGUGCUUGGGCAUUGCAAGUGCGCAGUAA